UGAGGCUACAACAGACUUAUGCUGCGGCGACCAAACUUGAACAAAGUUGCAAAGAUCAAAACCAGUUCAUGCAAAAACCAGAAAUCAUCAAAAAUGGAUCCUCAAAUCUGGCACAAGAUUGCUGCUAUAUCUGGUGUAGCUGCUGUUGGGUUAGGAGCUUAUGGUGCUCAUGGUUUCAAGCCCCAAAACCCCACUUACAAAGAGGUGUGGAAUACUGCGUCAUUGUACCAUCUGGUUCACACUGCUGCCCUUCUUGCUGCGCCUACCACUAAACAUCCCAACAUUUUUGGAGGGCUGUUAACUGGUGGAAUUAUGGCUUUCUCUGGAACGUGCUAUGCUGUUGCACUUCUUGAAGACAGGAAAUACUCAACCUUAGCUCCUCUCGGUGGCUUUGCAUUUAUUGCUGCUUGGGCAAGUUUAUUGUUUUAGGAGAACGGAUGCCCAGAGUUAGCAAGCAGCAGUUGCUAAACUUGAUUGAUUCUGCAGAUUUAUUAAGCAUUUGGUGAAUCAAACGGGCUAGUGACACUUCUGUUUCACUUUCUGUAAAAUAGCAACGGAUUGGUGAAAAUAUAAUGUAAGCACCAUUCGACAUUCCUUGAAUGUGUAAAAGAGAUGUUGAAGUUCAGUAUACUGAAUGCUGGACCAUAUAACUUAUCAAUAAAGUUGAUUUGAAAUUUCCUAAUACAAAGUUAAUGCUAAGUUCGAGCUUUCA